AUGCUUCAAGCUAGUAAUACAAAGAACCAUCCCAAGAUGAAUGGAAAAGUGGGGCAUGUCAAGGACCAGUGGUUCUCAUUGAAGGAAAGUGGGAGAAGAAGGUUGGAGUUGUCAUCGGAGGGUGUCAACUCGGGAAUUGUGGGGAUGGCUGGGAAUUUUGGAAUUGGCAAAGAUGGUAUCUGGGUGCUUGGCAAUUGUGGCAAUGUGGCAACAUCAUUUUGUAUAAUUUCGGAAACACAAAGUGCUUUCAUUGCUAACAGGAUGAUUACAGAUAAUGUGUUGAUAGCCUUUGAGUCCUUACACCACAUGACAACAAGUUGCCUUGGGAAAAAGAGUUUUAUGGCCCUUAAGCUCGACAUGAGUAAAGCAUACGAUCGAGUGGAAUGGACUUUUCUGGAGAAGAUCAUGACCAAAAUGGGUUUCAUAGCUUCCUGGAUUUCGCUGAUCAUGGAAUGUGUCAUCACAGUCUCCUACUCCAUCCUAGUGAAUGGUGAGCCUAAGGGUAUGAUCCACCCAUCGAGGGGUAUCAGACAAGGGGAUCCUCUUUCCCCCUUCCUAUUUCUUUUUUGUGCUGAGGGUCUAAAUGCCGUUCUUGAACAAGCAGCAACUGCAGGGGAGAUUCAUGGAUUUUCCAUUUGUAGAUGUGGUCCAAAGCUCACACAUCUCUUCUUUGCAGACGACUGCUUAUUAUUUUGUAGAUCCACUCUAGAAGAAUGUGAGAUAAUUAAGGAGCUGCUGGCUGCUUAUGAGGUGGCGUCGGGUCAAAUGAUCAAUAAGGAUAAAACCACCUUAUUUUUUAGCCACAACACAGAUGACUCAGCACGGGUUGCCAUACAACAAGCCCUUGGAGUGCCAGCAAUUCAUCAUUUUGAGAAGUACCUAGGACUUCCCUCCUUUGUUGGGAGGAAUAAGAAAGCAUGCUUCACAAACAUCAAGGAACGUAUUUGGAAACGAAUGCAAGGCUGGAAAGAAAAACUCUUAUCCCAAGCUGGCAAGGAGAUAAUGAUCAAAGCAGUCAUUCAAUUGAUACUGGCCUAUUCUAUGCAUGUUUUCAAGCUCCCAAGAUGUUUAUGUAAGGAUAUUGAGGCCAUGAUUCGAAAAUUUUGGUGGGGGCAAGGUGAUGCUAGGAAAAUCCAUUGGGUGAAAUGGAGUACCCUUUGCACUUCAAAAUUAGUCGGAGGAAUGAGGUUUAGAGACUUGCAAUUGUUCAAUAAUGCCCUUCUGGCUAAGCAGGUUUGGAGACUGUUUCACCAUAAGGAUUCUUUAGCUUACAGGGUGUUUCAAGCUAAAUUUUUUCUGGGUGGGACCAUUUUUGAUGCGGCCAUUCCAUCUAGAUGCUCUUAUGCUUGGCGUUGUAUCCUCCAAGCCAGAGAUGUCAUUUUGAAAGGGGCUGUAUGGCGGAUUGGGGAUGGAAGAUCAACUAAUAUUUGGGAACAGAGGUGGGUGCCAAAUCUGAGUACUAGCAAGGUUGUAUCACCGAGAAGUAAUUCGCAUGUAACCUGGGUUAGUGAACUUUUUCUGCCAAACUCAAAAUCUUGGAAUGUGGAGCUGCUGAAUAAUAUCUUUUAUCCUUGGGAAGCUGAGCAAAUUAGUAGGAUUCAUGUUAGCCCCUAUUGCCAAACUGAUACUUAUGUCUGGCCUCUCACCUCCAAUGGGGAUUACUCUGUCAGAAGUGCUUAUAAAAUGCUGGUUUUAGAGGUUACGACAAGUGUUCAAGCCUCUUCCUCUACAGACAACUCGGCAAAGGAGACAAAUCUGCAUGCACUAUGGCUAUGUGAUCAUGCUAAAUCAGUGUGGAAAUCUGAGGUUGGUUUUUCUGAGUACUAUAAGAAGCAUUAUAGAAGCUUUAUGGAUCUGUUUGAAGCGGAGCUGGUGCUGGAGUUUUUUGAGAUCCAUGAACCCCAGCCACCUCCUAUACUAUCGGUUCUGGUGCGGUGGUGCCCUCCGCAGGCUGGUUUCUUCAAAGCAAAUUUUGAUGCUGCAGUUUUUGAUGGUUCUGGUUCAGCAGGUAUUAGGGUGGCAAUCCGUGAUCAUUCGGGACAGAUUAUUGCAGCACUCAGCCAGAAGAUCAAACUGCCUCACUCGGUGGACCUUGCUGAAGCUUUGGCGUGCAGCCGUGCAGUCCUGUUUGCCCAAGAGUUAAGCCUCUUCUAG